AUGGUAAUGUUAACUAGAAGUUCGUACAGAAGAGCUUGCGAGAGUUGUGAUGUUAGCGAUUUAUCUAAACCGCAGAAAAAUAUUGUUGCACCACCUUGGUGCUCUAUGGCUAAAGUUUACGAAAAGAAGAAAUCCAGAAAAGUUGCGACGCCGACGUGGGAAACACGAUCCUCGUAUCCUUUACGCGAAAACAUCUGGGAAUAUCUGUACGAAGAUAAGACAAAGUUCUACAAAAGAAAGAAUGGCAGGGUGUGUUGUAAACAAACACCGGCCAAGAACAAAAGACGGGGAAAAAUUGUGAUUUGCCUCCCUCUGUUGUUUAGCGCUGUUGGAGUGAUAAUGUAUCUUUGGAUAUUUAAUAAAAUUCCCGAAACAAGUUUAAUGGCGAAGACAAUUCCACGAAAUACUUUAAUAUCACUUCUGGAUUUAGAACAAACGGCAGUUGAUGAAGAAUGUUGUUCUAGAAUAAAACAUUUAGCGGAGGCAUUGUUACGAGCCGAACAAGCACUUCGGAGCGCGCUUCGUCUCCGGCGAACAAUUAUGAUUACGUCAGAAACCGCCAAAACAGUCUCGCAAAAUACAGACAGAAGCUACAUCCAUGGGGUUAGCGCGACAAAAGGCCUUGAUACUGAAGAGUUUGGAGGUCGUGUAGCCCUGUGGGGCGUAGUGCCACUGUGGCGCGUCGCGCCGCCGCCAGAUGUAAUACUCGCAUUAAGGAAACCAAUGCCUGCCGAUUGUUGGCCUUUCAGCGGUUCGCACGGGGAAGUCGUAUUCCAUCUGCCACAUAUACUGCGAAUCCAAGCCUUCAGCGUGGAACACGUUCGUCCUGACACCGCUCUCAGUGCACCUAAGCAUUUCAUACUUUAUGGUAUCUUACCCAAUGAAACAUGGGUAACUGCAGUACAAAAUGAAUACAAACACCACGGUGCCGCAAAGCAGUACUACUAUUCUUUAUACAAACAAGUCCCUUUAAAAAAACUUAUCUUCAGGGUACUAUCAAACCAGGGCAAUGCGAAAUAUACCUGCAUUUAUAGAGUACAUUUUUAUGAAAAUGAAUUUGACCAGUUUUAG